GUUCCUCUCAACAUUUCAACCGACCAGUCCCCUUCUUUGUUGAUACAUAGACACACACACACACACUACCUAUAUAAACAACAAAGUCUUAAUACAUAUACGCAUACUUCUCUUUUAGUUAGCGUCUUUCAAUUUCUUCAACACCAUGCACACAGAUGCAAUGAAAGCACCAGAUGCAAUGAAAGCUCCGGAUGUAACGAAAAUGGAUGAGGUGAACGAUUCGCUUGAUACUUCCAUUAGGCAAACUAUGGGAAAGGAACCCCUGCUUUCAUUACCAAGAACGGGGGAAAGUCCUGCUCAAUGGAUUCAGUGGCUUCGUUCUAUAGAUCAGCCAGAUAUUAUUCAGAUGCAGAAGUGCGAGAAAUGUUCCAGGGAAUUUUGUUCACCUAUUAAUCACAGAAGACAUAGACGUCUGCACCGCAAAUCCUUAAAUUCUGAUAAGGAGUCUCGCGAAUACAGGGAUUUAUUGGGAGCAUUUUGGGACAAGCUCUCAUUGGAUGAGGUUAAAAAAGUUGUAUCAUUGCAAGAUAUCUCACUAAAGGAAAUUUCUGGAUCUGUACUUGUUCAUGCCUUGUCAACAGCUUUGGGCAAACAAGGGUUUUGGUCUCUUCCUCGUGUUUAUGUAAAGGCUGGUUCAAAGUUGCUGGAAGUCAUCCAAGCUAAACCUGCCAGUCUUCCAGUGACCUCCAAGGAAUUAUUUAGUAUCCUUGAUGAUGCUAGUGAGAGAACAUUCUUAUGUGCUGGCACAGCUGAGUCAGUGGAAAAAUAUGUUUUUGAUGGAGAAGCUGCCAAAAUUGGUUUAGACUCAAAGAAUCUGGUUGCUUGCACUAGCUUCCUUUUUGAACAGAAACUGGCUAAAGCAUGGGUUGCCGACAAAGAUGCUGAAGCUUUGAAAUUCGAAAAAUUGCUUUUUGAGGAGGAAGAAGCUGCUCAAAAAAAGCAAGCUGAGCUAUUAGAGAGGAAAAAAGUGAAAAAGCGUCGACAGAAGGAACAGAAAGCAAGGGAGCAAUCAAAUGAGGAAAAAGGACAUCUGGAGGUACCAGCUGAUUGUGUUGAAGUUCCAUCAGCAGAAGCAGAUAGCCUUCCAGGACCAUCUGGUUCCUAUUCCAAUAAUCCUGAUGUACCUCUGGACGUCUCCACCAAUCUUGAACUGGUUCAAUUCUAUAGUAAUGAAGAUAUGAGCGUUGAAUCCCAAUAUAAUCUCCCUCACCAACAUCUGGAUUCAGUUAAAGUUCAGAAUGUUGAACCCCAACGCACUUCUGCCAAUAGUCGACGGAAAAAAGUGAAAAAGCGUCGACAGAAGGAACAGAAAGCAAGGGAGCAAUCAAAUGAGGAAAAAGGAAAUCUGGAGGUACCAGCUGAUUGUGUUGAAGUUCCAUCGGCAGAAGCAGAUAGCCUUCCAGGACCAUCUGAUUCGUAUUAUAAUAAUCCUGAUGUGUCUCUGGACGUCUCCACUAAUCUUGAACUGGUUCAAUUCUCCAGUAAUGAAGAAAUAAGCGUUGAACCCCAAUAUGAUCUCUCUCACCAACAUCUGGAUUCGGUUAAAGUUCAGAAUGUUGAACCCCAACCCACUUCUGCCAAUAGUCGAUGGGAAAAAGUGAAAAAGUGUCGACAAAAGGAACAGAAAGCAAGGGAGCAAUCAAAUGAGGAAAAAGGAAAUCUGGAGGUACUAGCUGAUUGUAUUGAAGUUCUAUUGGCAGAAGCAGAUAGCCUUCCAGGACCAUCUGAUUCGUAUUCUAAUAAUCCUGAUGUAUCUCUGGACGUCUCCACAAAUCUUGAACUGGUUCAAUUCUCCAGUAAUGAAGAUGUGAGUGUUGAAUCCCAAUAUGAUCUCUCUCACCAACACCUGGAUUCGGUUAAAGUUCAGAAUGUUGAACCCCAACCAGUGUCUGUCAAUAUUCGACGGCAUUCUGCCAAUGCUGAGUGGCAAACUCCAAAAUCGCAAAGGUCUGGGCAAAAUAGUAACAAUCAAAAUCAUCAAGCAAAAGUUGUACCUUUACAGAAGCACAAGGACAGUGGUACCCCUGUUAAUAGCAUUAAGAUAACAAGAAAAGUUAGAGUGAAAAGUGAUGAUGCUUCAAUACUGGAGGUGCAGAAAGAAGGAAUAGGUCAGAAGCACAGAAACUCUGAGGUGAUGAUUGGUUCUAUAUCUAUUCCAGUGAAAGAUUGCAGUACUAUCCAGCAAGGAAACUGCCCUGCUGAAGCAAGAGAUGAUUUUGGAUGCACAGAGCCUGCCAUGCCUAAAAAGUGCAAUAUUGUCCAGAAGCCAGCUAAGCAUAAUGCUCUUCGGAUUGGGUCAAACAGAGCAGCUGCCAAGCUUUGGAGGCCUGUGAGGCGUGAAGUUGGAACACAAUAUCCUGAAGAGGGUGUCAUGUCUUCCAAGUUUGAUGAUCGGACAUCAUUAAAUGAAAAUCCUUUGCAUUGUCAGGUUCCUGAUGGAAAUGCAAAUCAAGUUUUGGGAUUUUCAGAUAUUGUGGCAAAAGCUAAAGUUUUUCUUGCUCAGAGAUGGAGGGAGGCCAUCGCUGGGGAUCAUGUCGUGUAUUCUCGUGACACUUUCUCAGGGCGGCCAGACGUGCCAACGAGCAGUUCAGAAGCAGCCCCAGCAUCAGAUUCUGAGGAACAUUCCGUUGUUUCCACAGCUGAUGAUUAGCUGGCAAAAAAUGAAGUUAUUUAAUUCAUCUUCAAGUAGAAACACUAAGGUCAAGUUUAGGCCAAAGCCUGAAAAGGGUAUUAAGACAAAGUACAUUCCCAAGCAUAAAAAGGAUAAAAGAUAACUUUCUAACUCAUACCCAAUUGUGCAGUUCCUAACCAGUGUAGCAGAGAUUCCUUUUUACCGGUGGUCUUCUGUAAGAGAGUUAAACAAAGGGGGUUUCUAGAGAAGUAGCUUGGUCCCAUCCCCUCUAGUUUGAGUCAAUACCAAUUUUGUUGUAAUGAUGUAGGGUUUUCCUUUUUGGCCUCAUUCGUUAAUUCUUUCUGCUGACCAGAUACCAUGUAUGUUCGGACAAUGUAUGGAUAAUCAAUUGAUAAAAAUGAUCGCGAAGAUCACUGAGCAACCAUUUUUGUG